UUGGAUGGACGGUGGUACUGAUGUGAGGAUGAGCUGUGGCCUGAUGGGAAAACAACACAACAGCAGACCAACAACAGGUCUGGCAGAAAUAACGUUGUCAGAGAGGUUCACCUUUAAUCCAAAGGAGGGCAUCGAUAACCCAGUGAUGGUCACCACAGACGACAGCGACUUUAAACUCCGCCCUCGUCUGUGCAUCCUCAAACGAGACGAACAUGAGUCUUAUGGGUUCCACCUGCGAGUGGAGAAGGGACGUAAAGGCCACGUCUUCAGGAACGUGGUACCUGAAGGCAUCGCAGAGCGCAGCGGUCUGCAGGACGGAGACCGGCUCCUGGAAAUCAACGGCUGCUUCGUGGAUGACGUUUCCCACUCUGAGGUCUGUAAGAAGAUCAGGUUAAGUGGAAACCAUGUGUGUUUGUUAGUCCUGAGUGGAGCCGAGUAUGAACAGGCUGAGUGUGGAGGUCAGAACCUUCAGAGUCUGUCCAGAACCAGAACCAAACAGCUGGACCGGUGCCAGCCCCCCAGGCUGUGCCACGUCACCAGGGACCCGGCCUCAGGUCUGGGCGUCACAUUCACACCAGUGGAAGGCCAGAGGGGUCACUUCGGGGUCAGUCUGGUGGCAGGAGGAGCAGCUGAAAAGGCCGGGAUUCGUAAAGGAGACCGACUGGUGUGGAUGGACGGAGCUGCAGUGUCCGACCUGUCGCACUCAGCGCUCAGCAGGAUGAUGAGAAAAUGUAAGGAUCACAUCACAGUCCUGGUCAUCGACAGUGACAGUGAGCAGAUCUACGAGCAGCAGCAGAUGCCCGUCCUGCCGAGCAUGGCCGUUCCACAGAACCUCCCUCACCGGGCCAGGAGGCUCCGCCUGGUCUGUGGCAACGACACGUACGGCUUCCUGCUGCGGCUGGAGAAGAUAACGCCGAGAGACAUCGUUCACAUCCUGCGUCACAUCGAACCCGGCAGUCCGGCGGACAGGGCGGGGCUGCGUGACGGCGAGCUGCUGUUGGAGGUCAACGGAGAGGAGGUGGAGCCACUGGAACACGAAGAGGUUGUGAACAAAGUGAGAGAGAGCGGAGCAGAGGUCAGCCUCACCACCAUCACCUUCCAGGGCCUGGUCUUCUACAAAAAGUUGGGUCUAUCACCUCUUCUCUUCUGUGAAGACGUCACCGUUAAAGAUCUACAGAACAGUAAAGAAGGAGCAGCUGGACCCAAACCCAGACUGUGUUUGGUCCAAAAAGGAUCGGUGGGCUUUGGUUUUAACCUGGGAUCUUCUCCACACCGUCCUGGAACCUUCAUCAGCCUGGUUUGUGACGGUGGUCCAGGGCAGGAGGCGGGUUUACUCAGAGGGGACACGUUGAUAGAAGUGAAUGGACAAAAUGUAGAGGAGAAGUCCCUGGAGGAUGUGAUGGUGUUGAUGAAGGAAGGAGGAAAAAGCCUUUCUUUACUGGUUCAAGAGAAGAACAGUGACGACAAGAUGGAGCUGGAGACACCGUCGAGUAGAGACGCCUCCGACUGCGAGGACGACGACACUCAUGAGAUAUCGUUUUUGUGAGCGUCAGGGUCACUUCUGAUUCUGAAAACUUCCAUAUCGGAAAAACUGACAAGAACUCAACUGUUCCAAUCAAAGUCCACUUAACAUUAUUUAAAUCUGCUUCUGGAUCUCACACAGGAGACUGAAAAAACUCUCUUUAAAGGUGUCGUAUGUAGGACUGUGUCCAAAACAGGGACUGCAAUCCCAUUCCAAAUACUGUAGAGUGUGGUAUCCACCCACCCACCCCCCAAACUAGGGGUUGACAGAUCCAGCAUGAGCGUCUACUACUAGUGUUU